AACAACAAUAACAUGAUUAGUUAUAAUGAUAAAAAUAUAGAAAUCAGUAUCAGUACAUAUGUAUCGGAAUCAGAUCGGAACUGAAAAAAAGAGGAUCUGUGCAUCUCUUUAAACAAUCAGACUUAUUUUUGUAACCAUUGACGUCGCCCCCUGCUGGCUUUUAUAAAGAAUGCAGGUUCAAGACUCUUCCACCUCUUCUUCCCCUUUGAAAUCCGAGGAGACCUUCACUUCUCAUUAACUCUAUGACCUCUACUCCUCUACAGUAGAGAUGAAUGAAUGCAUUUUUUGGUUUUCAGAAACUGCAUGUUGAUAAAACAAAAGAGCAUCAGAUCUUCAGGAAACAUUGCCCUGGUUAGUCUGGGUAAUCCACAGUCCCUCUGUAGGCUACACCAGGCUGCAGAGGUUGCACGCCUGUGUUUUGCUGCAUUUGGAAAGAUGUUGAUCUGAGCACGGUGGGCCUCAGGAAUGCCCGGAAUGGCAAUCACCUUUAUUCUAAUUACUUUCCCACCAUCACCAUGCUGUCAGCUGCUCUGUGGCUCCCUCUCAACACACAACGUGUCACUUUCCUCUGCACCGCUGCACACUGUCACCAUGAGCCUUCAGACCGUCCUCCUCAUGCUCUCAGUUUGUUUUUACAUGUUUCCCCCGGCUCUCUCCCCUCAUCCUGACUCUGCGAAAAAGAAGUCAGGCUGCUUCAAAGUCAACAACUGCAAAUGCAUCAUGAAGGACGGCAGCGGCGUGAUUAACCUGAAAGCUAUGGGAGAUGCAGACGGUUUCCUGGGGCGCUUGAGGCCUGUGUCCGCAGAGAACCUGCCCGUCAGUGUGGAGCUCCUCCUGUCCUUCAGCCCCUGCCAACCCUUCUCACAGCCAGAGGACUCGACAGGAACGGAGUGCACCAACGUUGCUGCAUGCCUCGUCGUCAGGUAUCACGAGAUCAACAGAUUCAUUAACCGCUAUUUCAGCUAUGGUAGACAUGAAGGGAAUGAGUUCCACUACAACGACACCCUGAAGACGCUGUCUGUCUCAUACUUUUCUCAUGAGCAGAAGCUGCUCACAGUGGUGCAUUAUCACUGUAACCCCGAUGAACCCGCUUCUUACAUCCAGGACCUGAGUCUCGGCACAGAGGAGCCCCUGCAGAUCUGGGUGGAGAGCCCCUGUGCAUGUCAGAAUGCCUGCGCCAUGGGAGAUCUGGGCGUGGGUACCAUCUUCCUCAUCAUCCUCUGCGUCAGUGCAGCUGCAUACUUCAUCCUUGGCUCCUGCGCCCUGAGGCCUUUUCGGAGCAGCAGUGGAGUUCAGAUCUCUCCCGAGCACAGUGUGUGGUGUAUGAUCUGCUACCUCUGCACUGAGAGAAGGCCAGCAAGAGGACACUAUGCAGACAUGACACACAGCGAACGACAAGCAGCUGCAACCCUCUGCAACGCUACAGGAAGUCUCAGUGUGUCAAAUGUUUUGACCUGAAGGUGUUGUGUCCCGCUGACGGCCCGCAGUCAGAAUGGUGUAAGUGUUUUACAGUUCAGCUCAGAGUGACAGGCUCAAUACCUUCACUCAGUAUGGUGAGGAAUUAUAAGUUAACAAUAAGCCUCUUUUCAUUUGUUUUUAUUGCUUAAAAAUUAAUUCUCUUUGAUAUCUUACAUUUACUUGUAAAAUACAAAAAUA